CGAUGACGUGGACUCCUUCUCGUCCUCCCUCUCUCGCCCCCUCUUUCCACUUCCCUCGGCUGUGGGAUGCGCUCAUCCUCCUCUUCGGUGGAUUUACGAAGGAAGAACAGUAGUUGGCUUCCUCUUCGAGAGGACGGUCCUCCUCCUUUCAGUUCGGCCAGUCUCUCCAGUUCCCGUGGAGCCGUUCCAUCUCUUUCUUGAGUAGACUCUUGGUUUUCCCAAGCCAAAAAGAGUCGCGUUUUACGCAAUUAGUGGCUUUGCGGAGGAUUUCGUUCGGAGAUUGUAGGUACUUUGUUUCAUCGAGCAAAGUCAUCUGAAAAAAUACUUCCUUGGCAAGUAACUGUUGAAUAUAAUUUGUUCAGGUUCUGUAGAGAGUGAUUAAUGGGAAAUAAUGAGGCUACAACACCUUCAAAGUCUGAGAAACCGUAUUCACCUGUCCAGUUGCAGGAGCAGCCUGCAGUUCAUCCAUACCCUGACUGGGCAGCUAUGCAGGCAUAUUAUGGUCCUGGAGUGAUGCCCCCUCCUUAUUUUGGUACUUCUGUGGUGCCUGGUCAUGCACCUCAUCCAUACAUGUGGGCCCCUCAGCCCUUCAUUCCUCAUUUUGGGUCACCGUAUGCCGGAAUGUAUCCACAUGGAGUUUAUCCUCACUCCUCUUUGCCUCCUGGUACUCAUGGACAUUAUCCAGGGCUUGCACCAUCUUCUGCAGCAACCAAAGCAGUAGUGAUGGCCACCCCUUUGAGCAUAGAAAUGCCUGACAAAGCAUCAGGGAGCCGAGAUAAGGGGGUGAUGACUAAGCUUAAACGAUUUGAUGGGCUUACUGUAUCAGUGGACAGUAGAAGUACAAACAAUGCAGCAGGUGCUUAUGGGAAUGAGCUGUCACAAAGUGGGUAUAAUAGUGCAGCUGGCUCAAGUAAUGGAAGCGAUGGAAGUAAUUCAGCAGGAGGAUCCAAGGAUCAAAGAAAGCGCAGUUCUGAAGAUAUACAAUCCUCAGAUGAUAGAAAGGUCGAGUCAAAUUCUGAUCCUGCUCAGGGUGGGGAAAGAAGUUCAUCCUCAAAAUUGUCUUCAGGGGUUACUGUGGCACAUGCAAAAAUUGCAGGAAAUCCAGUCAUUAAUGUACCUUCACCUUGUCAAGCACAGAUGAUGUCAGUGAAAACUAUUGACACCCCUGGCCGCCCGCCAACAAUUGCUUUAGUGCCUGGUUGUAAUAGUGUGCCUUCUGAACUCUGGACUCAGGAUGAGCGGUCACUGAAACGGGAGAGGAGGAAACAGUCCAACAGAGAAUCUGCUAGAAGGUCAAGGUUGAGAAAACAGGCAGAAAAUGAAGAACUUGCUAAAAAAGUUGAGGCUUUGAGUGCUGAGAACAGGACUCUCAUAUCUAAAAUUAGUCAAGUAACUGAAAGCUCGGAGACACUGAGACUCGAGAAUGCUGCUUUAUUGGAGAAACUGAAUGCGCGAUCGGUCCAUGCAGAAGAAUCAUCUCCUGAUAAAAUGGAAACUGAUAGUGCCCCAUCUGUUGUCGUUGAGAAUUUCUUGUCAAUGAUAGACAAACAAAGCUCGAGCAGUCUAAGUGAAAAGCAAGAUGAUGAGAAAAGUGACAAGUCCAAUGGGAAACUUCGCCAGCUUAUGGACACCAGUCCAACAACAGAUGCAGUGGCAGCAAGCUGAUUAUUAUUCCAUUAGUAUGUAGUUUUGGCAUAUUUUUAUUAUUAUCAGCCCAAAGCUACUGCUAACCUUACAAAUUAAUUGAAUUAGGCAGCUUACGACUUGGGGGAUGAUGCCUGAGACCCACGAACUUUUGGGUGGCGAUUCCUAUGACCAUCCUAAUUUUGAAUUUUUAUUUCUUUCAACUAGUAUGAUCCAUGUAAUUAUGCUGUUGGAAGCUUUUAGAAAACUCAACUGCUAGUAAUGAAGAAAACUGCUGUAUAUUUAAGGAAGAGUUUUAGUCUUAUCACAAGCUUUAUAUUUUCUAUUCUUUUUUACUUAUUGUGACUUGUAUGAUCCAUAUCAUUAUGCUGUUAGAGGCUUUUACAAACCUCAACUGCUGAUGGAUGAAAAAACUGUGGUGUAUUAAACAAAUCUAGCUUUGU